CAUGUAUUCACCUGUUGGAGUACGAUGCGGCAGAGUACAAAUUCUAUGCUUCUCAGUUUCCUUUCAGCAGUCUUUCCUUUUUUUUUCUUUCCAUGCAAGUUCUCAGCACGUCUCGCAGGCGGAUCCCAAAAGCUGAAUUCCCCAAGGGCGCAGCCAGGUGAAAAGCCUGAUGAAACUGGAAACUCUUUUUUUUUUGUGCGUGAUUCACAACACGCUUCGAGCUGUGCGAAGGUGUCAAUAACGGUCGCAGUCGUAAAUAUGCCGGAGACAGACACCGCCCACGCGACAGAGGAUUGUCAAUCCGCCAGUGCUCAGUCCUUGCAGGUGCGCCGGCACCAAGUGGAGACACAGCCUUUGAGAUAUGCAUGCGAAGGCCGCUUUCCUCCUGAUUGUUAUAUAUGGAUGCAUUGAAACUGUACUGUGUCAAAGGCCAGGAGCCCACUUCAAAAAGUCGAAGCAGUGGAAGAAUUUCGAGAGAGACUGGGAUAUAUUAAUGAUUCACGUGUUCACCGAGAAAGACGAAGAGAUCCUCGCAAAUUGCUGUGGCCCAGGACAAUCUAAGGAAGUAGAACACUGCGUCAAGGGAUCGAAGUUUACCAUGAAGGAAUACAUAGAGCUACAGAUAUCGGUGGUCAAAUGGAGGAGUAGCAAGACCCGCCAAGAAGAAAGGGAAGUGAAAAAGAAAAUAUUCCAAAUGUUGAGAAGAGGGAAGAUAUCCAUGUUGGUUUUGAUCAAGAAGCUCAGGGGACUCUUGGGCUGCUUGACGAAAAUUCGGAAAAAAGAGACAAACAACAACUCACAGCUAAACUGGCAAUAAAAUAUGUACAUUUUUCUCCAGUG